CCUCCUUUUAUUAUAUAGUGCUUAAGAUCAACCAAAGACCAGCUUGGUUACGUCGUUCAGUCAGUGUCAGAAUGGUCAGCCAGACAGAAUGAUCUUGGUACAUUGUCGUGACUUUCAUUAUCAGAAUAUUUAACUUUUCAAUAUCGACAUCUUUAUAGUUCAAGUUCAAAAGAGAAAUGAUCCUGAGUUAAAACACAAUGGGUGAUCAAAAAUCAACACCGCCGGUUUUGCCAGCAGCGAGGAAACGAGUGCAAUUGGAACGUGCGUUUAGUAUGCAAUCGCCAAUGGUGAAAACUCCCCCUUGUUUAAAAUCAAAAUCAGCGACUUCUCUCCUGCUGACAAGAUGGCUCGUGUCGAAGAGACCAGUGACACCGGAAACGGAGGAAGGAUGGACGUUGGAUGAUCGUUCGAUGGAAUAUGGAACACCACCGCCUGUUGAGGAGCCACAUUGUUACUCGAUGUGCAUUAGUGAAAGUUCGAUAAGCGAUGAGAAAAAUUGUGCAGUACAGGUGACGAAUGAUUUGAUAAGAAAUCUCCUCGUUGAACAUAUGCGAGGAGUUGGUGGUCGUCUUCAACUAUUAGACGAUUUAGAUACUUUGAAAAUAACCAUCGAUAGUGAGGAGUUGGGGAAUGGUUAUAAAUUAUCGGAGAUAAAUGCUCUUUUACUGCAGGCGAGUUUUCUAGGCCGUGGGGAUUUAAUUCCCCUGUUGCAUAAAUGCGGCGCUGACUUAAAUCAUUCGGAACAGGAAUUAGGCUUGACGGCACUGCAUUUGUGCGCCUAUAGUAAUUCAAUGACGGGGGUAAAGUAUUUGAUUACCAAUGGUGCUAAUAUUAAUUCGAGAAAAGCGCACACACCGUUUCAUUAUGCUGCUUUUGGAGAUUCGGUGGAUGUGACGCAGCAUUUUAAGCAGCAGGGUUAUAGUCAGGAGUCGCCGUUGGGCGAUGAGUCGGUACUGCAUUCGGCGGCUAGGAGUAAUGCUCUUAAUGUUCUGCAUCUGUUGGCGAAGGAUAAUCCGGCUUUGAAUGUUAAGGAUAAGAAUGGAUAUGCGCCGAUUCAUCAUGUGGCUGACAGGGGUGAUUCGACUUGUCUGGAGGUUUUGUUGUCGAGUGGUUGUCAAGUGGAUUUGGCGUCGAAGAAGGGGGAUACGGCUUUGCAUCUUGCCGCCGAGGCGGGUUGUGUGGAGAAUGUGGAGUUGCUGCUGAAAAAUGGAGCGAGCGCGAGGAUGAAGAAUUCACGAGGACACACACCGCUGCAUUUGGCGGCACGUUCGCAUUGUUUGGAGUGUGUUGAGAUCCUGUUGCAUAAGGCGAAUUGUGAUCCGAAUGCGGAGGAUAAUGAUGGACGGACGCCACUGCAUUUGGCUUUGGGACGAUCGCUGUUGGCUUAUGACGUUAGCGAUUUGUUGAUUACGAGAAUGGCGAAUGUUAAUAAGGCGGAUAAAUAUGGUUACACGCCGUUACACGUUGCGGCUGUUAAUGAAUUGUCCCAGUGUGUGGAUAUCUUGAUAAAGAGAGGGGCGGAUCUGAGUGCGCGGACGAAAGGCGGAACGACGGCUCUGUCGAUAAUUUUGCGGAAAACACCAACGUCGUUGAAUGUUUUUAAGGAGAAAUUGGAUUCGUCGAUAUCGCUCCAUCAGCAUGGAUCGGCGACCGGUGAGGUUGAAUUGCGACUCGAUUUUCAUCCGCUCUUGCAGCAUCAGGAGCAGGGGGAGAUUGGUUAUUUGGGAACGUUCGUCAAGGAGGGUUAUAAGGAGAUUUUAGAGCAUCCGUUGUGUCAGUCGUUUCUCUAUCUGAAGUGGGAGAAAAUUCGGAAGUACUAUGUUGGACGAUUGUUGUUUUAUUUGUUGUACGUUUUGGUGUUGACGGCAUGGGUUAUAACGGCGUUGGCUCACAAUUGUUAUAAUGAGUCGCAUGGACAGUUGGAUAAUCCUGGAACACCGUUGUGUGCGAAUUCGACUGGAUUGAAUGGUUUUCUCUACACGAAUCCGAUUGUAUUGGAAAUCGAAUGGUACGCUUUGGUUGUAUUAACGGUUCUCGAGUGUCUGAGGAAAUUGGCUGGUAUUUUCACCUAUUCGUCGGUUCGGCAAUUUUUUACGCAAGCGGAAAAUAUGGUAGAGUGGUGCGUUAUUGUGAGCGUAUUUGCAACGUCGUUCGUUUAUACGGGAAGGACUUAUACUUGGCAGAGUCACGUUGGUGCAUUUGCGGUCCUCUGCGGUUGGAGUAAUUUGAUGUUGAUGAUUGGACAAUUGCCGAUGUUUGGUGCCUAUGUUGCAAUGUUCACUAGUGUUCAGGCGCAGGUUUUCAAAUUAUUGCUCGCCUAUGCUUGCCUCCUGGUGGGAUUUACGGCUAGUUUUUGUGUUAUUUUUCCAAGAUCGAAAUCAUUUAGUAGUCCGCAUACGGGUUUGAUAAAAGUAUUGGUGAUGAUGACGGGGGAAUUGGAUUUUGAGGAAUUAUUCUUCCCCGAGGAGGAAGGUGGUCGUCCGGUUGAUGUUGGCGGGACUUCUUGGAUAUUGUUGCAAGUUUCGGCACAAUUAUCCUUUGUAUUAUUUCUCCUGUUCGUCACGAUUGUUCUCAUGAAUUUACUGGUUGGCAUUGCUGUUCAUGAUAUUAAGGGAUUGCAAAAGACGGCUGGCUUGGCAAAACUCGUGCGACAAACAAAACUCAUUUGUGAUGUUGAGACGGCUCUAUUUUUGGGUCUUGUGCCGAGACGAUUGAUGAAAUUGUUGCGUUGGACUGCUUUGGUUCUUCCAUCGCCACUCAAGGCUGUAUUAACUGUUCGACCAUUGAAUCCACGAGAAAAGAGGCUUCCGCCGGAAGUUUUGGCUUCGGCACACAAAGUUGCGAGAGAAAAGAAAUUUAUUUCUGGCACAAUGUCGAGUAAUAAAAGUAAUAAUACUGCUUUUCCGUAUUCAAAAAAUGAUAUGUACUCCUCGAUAAGACGUGAUGGUAAUUAUGAACAAUUGUUGAGCGAAAAUAAUGUCAAAUUAAGAAGUCAAGUGAUGGAAUUGAAAAAAAUUUUCCAGGAAAAUCACAAACUUAUCCAAGAUCUCGUUAUGGCUCUUGCGCUGGAUCAACGUUUCAAUCCAAAUGCAAUUAAUGAAAAUUUAUGUAUAAUUACGAUUGCCCUACCUAGACAGAUUUAUUCAAUUAGUCAGAAAUCGCCACCCGAUAGAAUUUUCUGCAGAUCGGAGAGUUCGACGUCAUUCUAUAAAUUGGGAAAAAAUGACACUCAACCACCGUGUCCGCUACUAAAUGAAGAAACAAAGCCCCGUCAUUAUUCCGUGGGCUGUCUCUACGAUCACGUGAAUAAGGAUCCAUUUUUCAAGGGCAUCACACCAAUCCACAAAUCCAUUAAAUCAAUUUGCGUUGAGAAGGGCCUCGAGACAAAGGACACAAAUCCAAUUGAAAUUGACGCCGGUGAACCGCCACCGGUCGACGAUUCCCUCUUCUUCGACAAUCUCGAGGCACUGAAACACAUGAAAGUCGAUGGAACGAGUCUCAUGACAAAAAUCUGGUCCUCCCUCAAUGUCACCGAAAUGAAACUCCUCCUGGAAAUGGAACGUGUCAAUAUAACAAAAUUAAAGAGCGGUAAAUUAUUCACCAAUUGUCAUGAGAAUUUUAAAAAUAUCGCCUUCCUCUGGGCAUGCUUUCGUGGUUUAAUUCAUCUUUUGCCUAUUUUAGAAUCAAUUGGCGUUGAUGUUCAUUAUAUUGAUCCGGUGACGGGUGCAAAUUCGAUAAUGGUCGCGUGUGUCUCGGGUAAUAUUCCCUGUUUGGAGUAUUUGAUGAAAAAAAAUGUCGACGUCAAUCACACGAGUUUGAUUAAUAAUUACACAUGUUUACAUAUUGCGGCUAUUGCUAAUUCAAAGGACGCUGCUGAAUUAUUGAUCAACAAUGGGGCGAAAUUACAUACACUCAGUUCACAGGAGAUGGAACCGGUUCUUCAUUGCAGUAUCAAGGCACAAUCGGAAUCGGUUGUUGAAUUAUUGUUGGCAAAGGGAAUAAGUCUUGCGCAAAAGAAUCGUUUGGGUGAGACGCCACUUCAUGUCGCUUGUUUCGUGCAGUCGAUAAAUUGCGCAAAAAUGCUUUUGUCCGCACAGGGAACGGAUGUGAAUGCUGUUGAUCGUAUGCAUCGAACGCCAUUGCACUAUGCCGUGAUGAAUACAUCGUCAUCGGCGGAAUUAGUGAAACUUUUAUUGAAACAUGGAGCGCAGGUGAAUGUUUUCGAUAGGACGAGUUUUUCACCUUUGCACAUUGCUUCGCUGAAUGAAUUGUCACAUUGUGUUGAGGCGUUGAUUUGGGCCGGUGCGGAUGUGAGCGCAACGACAAAUUCUGGUCUUUCGGCGUUGAAUAUUAUUUUACGGAAAAUACCCGAAUCGUUGCAGGUGUUUCGUCGACGAUUGGACGCGUCGAUUAGAUUGAAACGACCGGUGCCACAUAAUCGGGAAUUUGAGAUGAGAAUGGAAUUUGAUAUACUAUUCCCGAGUAAUAAUCAUUGUGAGACGAGUUUUAUCAAUACUUUUGUACAGGAGCAUUGUAAGGAUCUUUUGUCGCAUCCUCUUGUCAUGGCGUUCCUUCAUCUCAAAUGGGAGAAGAUAAGGAAAAUUUAUCUUCUCCGAAUUUUCCUCUAUGCACUGACGGUGAUGUGUAUGACGACCUAUGUACUCACUGCAUUGGCCUAUAAAUGCUACAAUACGGACGAGGCGAUAAAUAGCAAAAUAUGCAACAAUAAACGUGUCUCGAGUUUUUUAUUUCGAAAAUCGGUGAUUGAAAUUGAAUGGUAUUUGUCAUUGGUACUGACGUCGGUGGCGAUACCAAGGAAAGUAAUGGCAUUCACGGUUUAUAAAUCGGUGAAGCAAUAUUUUUCGAAUAUUGAAAAUAUUCUUGAUGCAAUUGUUGUGAUUAGCGUAUUUUUAACAUCGUUCAUCUACACGGGUCGCACCUACGAUUGGCAGAAUUAUGUCGGAGCUUUUGCUAUUCUUUGCGCGUGGACCAAUCUCAUGCUGAUGGUUGGUCAACUUCCCGCUUUUGGCACCUACGUGGCAAUGUUCACACACAUACAAUUUGAAUUCGCGAAACUUCUUCUCGCCUACUCGGGACUUCUCAUUGGUUUCACGAUAAGUUUCUGCGUCAUCUUCGUUGGUGAACCAUCAUUCGGCAAUCCAUUCACGGGCUUGAUAAAAGUCCUUGCAAUGAUGGCGGGAGAAUUAGAUUUCGAGGGCCUGAUAAAUCAGGCCGAUUUAAUGACUGACGGUUCAUUUGUAAUUUAUCAUCCGCUUUCCGUUUGUUCGCAAAUUCUAUUUACUUUGUUCAUUGUAUUUGUUACGGUGAUUUUAAUGAAUUUACUCGUAGGCAUUGCUGUUCAUGAUAUUCAGGGUUUACGUAAUCACGCUGGUUUAACGAAAUUAGUGCGUCAGACGAAAUUAAUUCUUUUCACGGAAAUGGUCCUUCAUAAUGGUCGAAUUCCCUAUUUAUUUCGCAAAUGGAUGUCCGAUCACAAUAUCGAUGUGGAAAAUCGUAAACGCGUUCUUGUUGUUAAACCACUGAAUCCAUUGGAGAAACGAUUGCCUAAGGAUAUAUUGAAAUCGGCUUACGAUAUUGCUCAAAAGAAUGGUCCACUAAUUAAUGAGGAUGAUGAUAAUUUGUGUGAAUUUAUCUCGUGGACCAAUCAACUCAGUGAGGAUGGUUCCGAAUCGGAUGUACAAUUGGCUGUUGAAAAAUUAUCACUGCAAAUGAAAGCCAGUGAGGAGGAAAUACAUUUCAUUAAGGAUCAAUUACUAGACACUAAGAAAAUCUUAGAGAAUUUAAUUCACAACGUAUUGAAAGUAAAAAAGUAUAAUUUUCUCUUCUGGAAAUAUUUUUCUAAAAUAAUUCUCGCAAUUUUUAUAGUUCGAAAAAUGGAGUUCGACAAUUAUUUUCAAAUGGAAGAAGCUGAAUUAAUCAAUAUGGACCACCUACAAGGAAUUGGAAGGAGACCGAAAAGUCUGUUGACUAUUAAUCAUCAGGAUAAAAAUGAGAUGUCCCUAUUGUCGCCGACUUACGACACUAGUCGACGACACUUUUCCGCAAGUUUCGUCUACGAUCAACUGAGAGCCGACGACCUUUCAGACUCUCUGAAAAAAUCCUACAGUUCACUGAAAUCACCGAUAAUUCUUCAAGAAUCGAUGACUGAGAAAGAAAUUGUAAAAUCCCAGGAGAUAAGAAUAAACAUCGAAGAUUCGUCAUUUUCGACAAACGACUCUUUCAUGGAGAAAGCUUUCAACGAUCUGAAAAGUCGUGAAUUCGAAGGUCUAAAUCUACUGGGUUUCAUUCUACAAAUUUUGUCAGCCGACGAAUUGAAGCAAUUUUUAAAAAUGGAAUUGGGAAUAAUCCCGGAGAAAAAUGGAAUUCUCUUUCCCGAUAAUGAAGUGGAAUUUAGAAAUCGUGCAUUUAUUUGGGCAGCUUUUCGUGGUUUAACACAUCUUCUACCGAAAUUCGAAUCCUCGGGUGUUGAUGUUCACAACACUUGUUUCGGUGGAUCGAAUGCAAUCAUGACAGCUUGCUAUUCAGGCCACAUUUCUUCUGUUCAAUAUCUAAUUGACAAAAAUUUGGAUUUAAAUUACGUGAGUCCUAUCGACGGUCGCAGUUGUUUACACUUGGCAGUUGCUGGUAAAUCCUACGAGGCUGCAAAAUUACUCCUUCAAAAUGGAGCCAAUUUGAAUGACCCAGGAAUAUCAAAGACAAAUCCACUGCUACAUUACGCCAUCAAAGCAAAAAUUGAAUCAAUUGUCGAAUUAUUCCUCGAGCAUGGAGCUGAUCCAACGCAAAAAAAUAGUUUCGGCGAGACACCACUUCAUGUCGCUUGCUCCGUUUAUUCGAUAAAUUGCUGUCGAAUGUUGAUCGAAAAUCACCAGGUCGACGUGAAUGCAAUUGACGUGAUGGAUCGCACACCUCUUCACUACGCAACAAUGUCGUCGUGGUGCGAUUAUCGUUUAAUCGACAUUCUCGUAAAACACGGUGCCCUAGUGAAUGUCAUCGACAAAGCGGGUUAUUCACCCCUUCACAUUGCAUCACUAAACGAAAAAUCGAAAUGCUCCGAAAUUCUGAUUUUGAAUGGUGCCGAUGUGAGUUGUACCACCACUAAAGGUGUCUCAGCCUUAAAUAUAAUCCUGAGAAAAAUUCCCGAAUCAUUCGAAGUGUUUCGUUCAAAAUUGGACUCGUCGAUAAAAUUAAAACGACCAGGUUGUCAGAAUCGUGAAAUUGAAAUGAGUCUCGAUUUCAAGACUCUACUGCCAAGUGGAAAAAAACCCGAGACAAGUGUUAUUAAUACAUUCAUUAGUGAGAAUCGAAAAGAAUUAUUAUCACAUCCUCUAGUCAUGGCUUUUUUAUAUCUCAAAUGGAAGAAAAUUCGAAGAUUUUAUAUUUUCAAUAUUUUUCAAUAUACACUGACAAUUAUAUUUAUGACGUCGUAUAUAUUGAGCGCGUUAGCAUUUAAAUGUUAUAAUUCAAUAGAAGAGACACAUUUUAUUUGUCAACAUUUUUCCAAGGGGAUUAUUGAAUUUGAAUGGUACAUGUGGUUGACACUCACAUGUUUUACAUUGCCGAGAAAAAUUCUUGCCUUCUGGAUGAAUAGAUGCAUUAAACAUUGUUUAUGGAAUUUGGAGAGUCUUCUUGAUUUUUUCGUAAUUUCGAGUGUUUUUAUAACAAGUUUCAUUUAUACGGGAAAAAAUUACGAUUGGCAAAAUUAUUUCGGCGCAUUUGCAAUUAUUAGCGCAUGGACUAAUUUAAUGUUGAUGAUUGGACAACUCCCAACUUUUGGCACAUACGUCGCAAUGUUCACGCACAUUCAAUUUGAAUUUGCAAAACUUUUAUUCGCUUAUUCGGGACUGCUUAUUGGAUUUACUCUAAGUUUUUGUGUGAUUUACACCAGAGAACCGUCGUUUCGUAAUCCAUUCACGGGAUUGAUUAAAAUUCUUGCAAUGAUGGCGGGUGAAUUGGACUUUGAGGGACUCAUCAGUCAUUCAUAUUUAAAAGAUUCUUUUUCAAAUAGUUUUUUUCAUCCCCUUGGAAUUUGUGCUCAAAUUCUCUGUUUGCUGUUUAUUAUUUUCAUUGCUGUUAUUUUAAUGAAUUUACUCGUAGGCAUUGCUGUCCAUGACAUUCAGGGUUUACGAACACAUGCGGGCGUCACAAAAUUGGUACGACAGACGAAAUUAAUUCUCUAUACGGAAACGGUUCAAUGUAAAAUAUCAAUUCUCUCAUUUCUAUUGAAAUUAAUACCAAAGCAUGAGAUGAGAAAUUUAAAUGAUAUUUUUGUCGUGAGACCAUUGAAUCCAAUAGAUAAGAGUCUUCCUAGGGAUAUUUUGAAGGCUGCUUUUGAAAUUGCUCGUAAACGUAAUCCAAUGAUGGACGAUAAGAGUGGUGAUUAUUUGAAAAAAGAUUCAUGGACCACCGAUGAAGGAGUUGAAGAUAAUUUACGAUCAACUUUCGAAUCGUCUAUGCAAAAGUUCAAUUUACAGAUGAAAACAAUUGCUGAUGAGAUAAAUGAUGUCAAAGAUCAAUUUCGAGAUGUUAAGCAAAUUUUGGAAACUAUCAGACUGAAAUUACCAUAGUUGAAAAUUAUAACAGUCUUUUUGGUUCUUGGAAAAUUUUUGCAAAUUUUUAUUGUAAUUUAUACCUAGAAUACAAAUAUAUUCCCUUAUUGUUGCAAAUCCUAUUGUUUUAUUUAAUUUUUCAAAAAAAAAAAAAAUCUUAUUAGGAAUUUAAAAAUUUUCUGCUAGACAAAAAUGAUAAAUAAAAAUUUUAAUAAAAUACAAUUAUAUAAAACAUAUUGCCGAUUAGAAAAUGAAUAUUAUGAUUAAAAGUGAUCUCUACUCACAA